UUAAAAUAAAAUAAAGAAAGGAAGACCGUCCGAGAUUAUUAUAUUACCGGCUCUCCGACGUACCUUCACUGAUUCUAAACCGGUAGGAUUUCCUCGUUCUUGUGUUGUGAGCUCCAACCAUGAGCUGCUCUCCCCUGACCUCCUCCUCCCCUCUCAAACUCCGCCUCUCUUUCUCCUCCCAAAGAAAAAAACUCGUCCUCUGCCGCUUCCCCCGCGCCGAGGCCGCCCUCGCCGCGGCCGGCCUCCCCCGUGUCGUCCUCCACGACUCCCUCGACACCGCCGGCAUCGACACCCGGUUCGCCAGGGCUGCGAGGGAGAGCUUCUGCCAGCAGGUGGGAAAGCUGUCCGGGAUCGACUUGGAGUCGAGCAUCACCAUCAGCAGAGGGGCUGAUCUUGCCAAGGCGGCGCUUCAUAUUGCGGCGGAGGAUGAUUCUCUCGUCUCGCACUCGUCGGUUCCGCUCCCCGUCGAUGCGUUUAUCGACCGGCUCGAUGAUCUCUCCAUGGGCUUCUGCUCACUUUACUUGCCCCCCUCCAAUGCGGCGCCGGAGGUUUUCUUUGGGAAUUUGGAAAGAUACUUCUAUGUUCACAAGGGGUUUCGCAGGGUGGAUAUCACGUCUGAUUCAAAGGCUUUAUAUCUCCAUUCAGUUUUGACAUGUCGAUCAGGAUCUGCAAUUAUGCUGUCGCUUAUAUACUCAGAAAUGUUGAAAUCGCUAAGGAUAUGCGGCUUUCUGGAUUUUGAUGCAGAGAUCUACUUUCCCCAUGACUUUGUUGGUCUUCCUAGGGGAUACCAGAAACAGAAAAGUAAAAUGUCAGAUCAACCUGAUAUUAUGACAUCAAAGUCACUCCUUGUCGAGGUACUAAGGAAUCUAAAAGAUGCUUUCUGGCCAUUCCAGUAUGAUCAUUCUAGCAGUUUAUUUUUGAGAGCAGCGCAUGCUGCAAAUCACAUUUAUGGAUCAAGCAUUGAAGGGGAAAGGAACUCAAAGUCAGAUAGCAAUGUGAGUGCUUUAGAGAUAGCUUCUGCCAAGGCUGCUCAGCAUAGGAUAGAACGUGGAGUUUGGACUACUGUGUGCUUUGGUGAUAUGCGGCGUGCAUUGGCAGCUUGUGAACGCCUUAUAUUCCUGGACAUUGAUUUCCGAGAAUUAAGAGAUUAUGCAAUUCUCCUAUACCAUUGUGGACUUUAUGAGGAAUGUUCACAGUGCUUGAAAUCAUAUGAAACUGCAAAGAGUUGUUCUCCAUGUCCAAAGUCUCGAUCCGAUCAAGUAAGGGAGGAGUUGGAGGAAGAUGCGGUAGAGAAUUUAAAAGCACGUUUAAACCUCAUUUUAGGAGAGGAAGGUUGGAGCAAGCGCAAGAUAGGUGCUAGUUAUGGGGGUUGCAAUUUGGAACCAUGCACGGAAUGGAUGGGCUGCUGAUGGAGUGGGUUAUCAACAAUGAGCAGCAGUUUCUUUCAAUAAAUGCAUGCUUAUGCAGGUGGGAUUGGAACUGGCAAAAAGAUCCAGGUUUGAACCCAGAAAGUAGCAUUCACAUUGUAUCCACAAGAGUUAUCUGAAAGUGCUGAAAGUUUCUCCUUUGCAUUGUUUAAUCUUGAUUCCUUUUCCUAAAACCUUGUUCUCUUGUGACAUUAUUAUCAGUUCUACAUUGCAUCCCAACUACAAGCAUAUUCAGUUUGUUAUGUGCAAUUAUUUGGAGAGAAGCAAUGUAGUGUGGAAUUCUUGUAUAUCACUGCCCUGAGACAGUAUUCUCUAACUUAUUGAAAAACUCUCUAAUGUCUAUGAACUUCUUUAUUCA